CGCUACUCUGAUAUAGUUCGGGACCAUCAAAUUGUUGCACCAAACAACAACAAAAUUAUCCACAAAGAUGCUGCCUWCCAGGGAUGCACUGAAAUUGUUACCGCAAAUAGCAUUAGCAACAGCAGGAGUGACCAAUUCGACGUCGACCGCGGCCACGGCUUCGAUAUUCAAUAGCAAGAAGAACAAUCCUACAAUAAACGAUGCCGYGGCAAAGCUUAUUCUCUCGCUCGUGCCCGGCUCCUUUGGCACCGAUAAUGCGCGUACAAUCCAUGCACUAUUGGUAGCCAUGAAUGUAUUUUGGUAUCAGGCUAUCCGGCAAACCGUGGCCGUAAUGUCGGUCUUUAUGUGCACAGAAUUUGCCGACAAGGGUAUGGGUACGAGCCAGCAGGCGCAGUUGAUUGCCGCGCCAUCGGUCGGAAAUAUCUUUACACAGGCUAUUGGGGGUUCACUCAUCCAGUGGCUUCCCGGUGGGACCAAAACAGUCAUCACGAUAGCAUUGGUGGGACUUGCGACSGGAUGCAUGUUGCUGCCGGUUUCUAUCCGAGCCGAAUCCAAGUCCCCGUUGCUAAGAAAGGCCUUCGUGUUGCUAGCAAUACAAGGAGCUCUUUUUGGGGGUAUGUUCCCCGCGCAUUCAGUGCUUUUGUCAAAAUGGUUGCCACUGAAUGAACGCGGGCCUGCUAUGGCCUAUGGUGAAAUAGCGAUGUCUAUCGCAUCCAUGGGCGUUCCAAUCAUCGUUACAUCUAUUGCAGAAUUCACCGCAAAACCUUCGAUACCACCAUCAACGUCGACAAUAGAAACAACGCCUUCCGUGAUUGCAGGCUGGAGAAAUGGAUUCUACGCAACYGGAAUGGCUUGCUUUGCGUAUKUGACUAUUUGGGUCGCAUUGGGACGCAAUGAACCGGAAUCAUGCUCGUAUAUUUCCAAGAAGGAAUUGAAUCUGAUCCAUUCCAUUCAAAGUAAGAGUGCCCCGAGUAGCGAAAAUCUUAAAACUAGUGGGGAAGAGGAAGAAUSGUCAUUGUCAAGGCGAAAAAUUCUGCUUCAUCCGUCGAUUUYUUCGCUGUUUCUGGUUCACAUGCUUUACAACUUUGUCACGUUGUCCAUAAAUUCUUGGAUGCCAACCUAUUACAAUGACGUCUUGAAGAUGAAUCCUAAAGACUCAAAACUGCAUAUUGUGCUGCCACAAUUUUCGGCYCUCAUCGUCAAACUUUGUGUGUCAAAAAUUGCACGAGUCGUGCAGGAAGCUCAACGUCAGCAGAAGAGACUGCGUCGAAGAUCUUYGCCAAUGCAAAGCAACGCCAACGACGAGCGAUCGAUAAUUCUAUUUUCUCGCAGAUUCAUGGGGUACCUUGGAUUCCUGGUCAUGGCGAUUCCCAUGUGGUUGCUACCAAUCGCAGCUUCGUCAAAAACAGGCUCUUCCUACUCCCCGUGGUGGUCGACAAUCUUGUUUUCGGUGACAUUGGCUGGAACUGGUUUUCACGCCGAAUCCUUUCGAGCAAACUAUCUGGAUGUUACACAGAAAUACGUGGCAUUGGUAGCGGGCGUUGGGAAUUGUAUGUCUAGUGUUUCUGCAAUGACAGCCCCUUUUGUAAUUGGCAAAAUUAUCGAGGUGACGCAUGGGGAUUGGUCKCAGGUGUGGAGGCUUUCGGGUUUGUCGUGCCUGAUUGCAGGAUUCCUUUUUGGAACUUUUUCAACCACGGUUCCCAUAGAAGAAAKCGAAUCGGUCGGAACAAACCGCAAUCAAAAGUGGGACUGACUGUGCUUCAGUCUGGCAGCGCGUAAUCGAUCGAUGCAAUUGUUUCAGCGAAUUGGAUGCCCGGACUAGACUUGGUGCAGCAUUUGAAAUAGUAAUCAAUAGGAACKAUGAAU